AGUUAUGUCCCUCUGCGAACAUCUCCGAAGACUAGAAGGAAGAAAACUUCCAAAAACUUGUAAACUCCGUAUUGGUUUUGUUGCAUCCAUUCAUGGCUUCAGGAAGGCCCUUUUGGCUCUUUGUGAUGGCCGUUGCGGUGGCGUUGGCGGUUCUCGCCCCCGGAUGCGGCAGCACCGGGGUCGGGCACAUGCCUUCGACGAAGGAGGAGGGCGAGGCCUUCAAGGAGUUCAAGGUGAAGACGGAGCGAGCAGGCGAGAAGGCUGCAGAUGCCGGGAAAGAGGCGAAGGAGGCCUUGGAGACGUGGACCGAGUGGGUGAAGGAGAAGCUCUCGGAAGGUCUGGGGUUCAAGCAGGACGAGACCAAAGAGAGCGCCGCGAAAAGAGCCUCUGAUAAGGCCGCUGAUACUGCCAAGACCGCCAAAGACAAGGUCCAGGACAUGGCCUCUGGAGCUGGUCACUAUGCAGCAGAGAAGGCCAGCAACGUGAAGAACACGGCAUCCGAGAAAGCUGAGGAAGCCAAGAGAGCUAUGGCCGAGAAGUCAAGCGAGCUGAAGGACACGGCCGCCAAGAAGGCUGAGCAAGUCAAGAAUGCGGCUAAGGAAAAGACCGAGCACAUCAAGAACACGGCGAGUGCCACAACCCAAGAAGCAAAGGAAAAGGCCGAGUCUGCCGCCAAAACGGCAGCAGAGAAGGUAGAAGAGUCGAGGGAGAAGGCCGCGGAGAAGGCAGAAGAGUCGAAGGAGAAGGCGGCACAGAGGACCGUGCAAGCAAAAGAGAAGGCAGCCAAGGCAACCGAGCAAACGAAGCAGAAGGCAUCCGAAAUGACGGCACAAGCGAGGGAGAAGGCUGCAGAGACAGCAAAGAGGGCCUCGCACGAGGGGAAGAGGAAGCAAGACGAGGCCGAGGAGCACUUGAGCUGGGCCAAAGAGAAGGCCAAGGAAGGCUAUGAAGCGGCCAAGGCCAAAGCCAGCGAGACGCUUGAAGCCACGAAGCACAAGUCUCAGGAGACCAGGGACACUUUGGCCGGCAAAGGCCGCGAUGCAGAGGAGCUUUGACAGAGACUGAUUUGGCGGCUUCUCUGAUGACAUUUGGGUUAUUUUUCUUGAAGAUCGUAAGGGCUCUAUGAGUUUGGCAAGUACAUGUUGAUGUGUUUAACCAAGGAUGUCCAUGUUUUCUUGUAUACUUUUUGAUGUUCAAUAACACGAGAACUUUGGUACAACAAAAUGUCUUCCUAAAAUGCUUGACCUUUUGGUUAGUGCAAUUCUCCAAAUGCAUGAAUCAUGUCUCAACAUAACGAGAUAGGCUGAGAGCAAACGUGGGGAAACUCUAUCAUCCGUCUUGGCCAGUGUCAUGAGAAGUGGUCGAGCCUCAGCUGAGUAGUUGAACUUGAUAAAGACCAAAGAGAAGGCUGAUCUGUAUCAGCCAAAUGCUUAUAUAAUCAAAGUGAAUUAGAAUGGUUGUACACGGGUUGACAAUCUACAUUCGCAGAUGUCACUAUAUGCAGAAGCAAAUGCUUUUGUUGACAAUCUACAAAGGGGUUGACAAUCUCUGUCGUUGUUGACAAGUACAGGUACGUAUCACUAGUAUCUACAAGAGAAGAGCAGUUACCAGCUUUUAACUAUUGCUGGGGUUCUUCGGCAGUGGUCGGGAUUAGCCCGGCGAUGUCAUCCAUGUGAAGCUUCUCGUUCAGCAUCGCCUUGUAUUCGUCGUCUCUGUCUUCCAGACUCCUCAUUAGUUCAACCUGUGUGCAGAGAAACAUCAAACCAAGGACCCCUUAAUCUGGCUAUGUUGUAACUUCAAGUGAUGGGUAAGAUGAAGCAUGAUAUUUUAAGACAAGAAUGCAUAGCAAGCGAGCAAGAACGAUUAAGCACGCAUGAAAGAAUGGAAAGAGGGGUGAAAGGAAGUCGGAAACGAGCCGGCGGCACAUCUGGCUGCUGCGAUAAAGCAUGCAGGCACAGAGAGAAUGGAUAGAAAAAUCUUCGAGACAUGAUCAUCGUCAUUGGAUUUGGCAAUUACAGAGAGAACGGAUAGAAAAAUCUUCGAGACAUGAUCAUUGUCAUUGGAUUUGGCAAUUCGCAUAGACGUAGCAUAGUUAAAACGAUCGUUCAUGAGUGACUCAUUUAACGAGACAACAAAGAAACCUGCCUUAACACACUCUCUGUUUAGUUAGUUAGAUAUGUGCUUACCGCAGAAAUCGCAAGUGAAGCCGUGGAAGGGAGAGGAAGAUUGUUACCUGCUUUUGGAAUGCGUCGAACUCGUCGGAGCUCAGGGAACCAUCACUGUUGGCAUCGAGGAGCUGCAUCAUCUCUCGCGCAUCAUCCCCAGGGGCUCCGAGCUCUUCCAUCACUUCCGUGAGUUCUUCUAUGCUGAUCCUACCAUCUCCAUUCUUGUCAAGAAGGCAGAAGACGCGAUCUCUCCGGUCAAUCUCCAUUUCCUUGUGAUUCAGUGAUGGGAGGUCUUGAAGGCGCAUAGCAGCGAGCUCUGCCGCAGCCAACAUUAUCGCCUUCAGCCGUUUUGCCUGAGCAUCAAAGAGAGAGAGAGUCACUUCUUUGUCGAGGCGCCUCUCAUGCCAUUGUUUACAAACAUGAAAAAGUAGAAAUGCAUACAAGAGUAGAAUACAACCUCCUCAGGAUCGGUGAGUCCGCUUUUAUAAAAAGAGUGAGAUGCUGUUCCGCCGGCUGCCAACAUGUCCAUCUCCGUAGUCCGUAUCUGUAUUUCCAUCAAUGGUCGAGCUUGGCCAUUCUCGCUCACAUCGACGGCCAUGUGUAAGCUUUGAUAGCCAUUAAAUUUGGGCCUCGAGAUGUAGUCUUUUGUUCUGUGAGGCAUUUCUUUCCACAAACUCUGGACAAUUUCCCGUGUUCUGUAGCACGCUCUUUCGCCUGUCUCAGUCAUAUCUGGUCCUGACUUUGGCUUCAGUAUAACUCGCAAGCCUAGAAUAUCAUUCACUUCCUCUGGUUUCCUCCCAUCUCGCAAGAGCUUCUUCAUAGUGCUGUAGCGGCUCUUAUAUCGACCUAGAACCAAAAUAUCAUCCACCAUAUUGGCCAGAAGGGAAUCAUCCCAUAAAGAUUGAAGCAGCUGCUCUUUGUAAAUUUCUAUCAAGGGCUUGCUUCCAGUUUCAUGGCUUCUUAACCAUUUCUCAACAUAGAGGUAGGAGUAAGGGAACAGGUACUGGAACGAGAGAUCCUCUAGCUCCAGAGAUAAGAAGUCAGUCCUCAGUGCAUGUGCUAACGGCGCAUGCACUUUCAUGACCUCAAGAGAGACAAUUUGCUGUUGAUACCUCGGCAGGUAAUUCAAAUGCCUCAUCAUAUCGAGUUUCAGAGCCAGGUCGAGAACCACGGCUCUUGUAUCGUAGAAUGUGAGGCAGAAUUUCCUCAGGGCAGCGGCACUUUCAUCAUCCAACACAUCAACUUUCGAGGGGAAGUUCUUGACUCGCAAGCUCUCGUGCAGCAGAUGAGCUGUCCCCGUGCCAAUCCGGUCUCUCACUUCAUGGAUGGACACCGCUCCUGCUUCAAGAACUUCUCUGAGGAUGCCGGCUGAUAUUACCUCCGCAUCCAUCUAUCAUUGUACAUGAUAGGGAGUAGAAAAACAAAGCUGCUUUACAAUUUCAUCUCGGGAAGAAUAUGCAGAAGGAAGGUUGAAAGCCAAGUGAAAGAUUCUGAGACAAGAAGUUAAAAAAAUGCCAAUUUGAAUGGAUGGUAUUCAUAUAUAGCAAGGUGUCAGUCUGAAGUAGACAUUUGAUGUAUUGUUACAACGCAGAUUUACUAGCUUGCAGGAGAACUCUUAUCUUUUCUCAAACAUGAGUCCUGACAGCGCAAUCUAACACUACAAAACU